AGCUGUAUAGGGACGCCUUAAAUGAUGCUGAGAGCACCUCAUCAUCCUCCUCAUCAUCUCCAGUUCUGAUCUCCGGGCAGAAGGGGGUGUGUUCUCAUCGCAGCGCUGGAAAUCCCCCCAUUAGUCACAUAAAAGGGACCCGGACGCCAGUUCUACAUCAUAUUAAAGCUCGAUCCUGAUCCGAAAAAGGACUUUAAACUAUGUAGGCACAGUGGACAGGGUUUAAAUGGGCAAUCUGAUGGGCAUCUGGAGAUAUAAGGAGCCGAGCACAGUGGAAGAAUGCGACUCGACGUGGGAAACGGACUCAGAGAGCGACGAGCAUCAGCUGGGAGGAGAGGAAGAGGAGGAGGAGGACAGCGGCAUCUCCGAGUCCAUGAGCCCGGCGGAUGCAGUCAGAGGAGCCGAGCAGCUGGAUCACGGAUCACCGAAGUUUGGUGACAAGAUGGAGUCCUCUACUAGGAUGAAAAGGAGCUUUUACGCCGCAAAGGACUUGUACAAGUAUCGGCACAGUUAUCCGAACUACAAGGAGCCUCGUCACCCGAACGAAUACCGCAAUCUGAGGUUCUAUCUGAAUAAGAUCCCCCUGGUGCCGGACGGUAUUUAUAUUGAAGAAAUCCUCACUAAAUGGAGGGGCGACUAUGAAAAAUUAGAGCACAAUCACACAUACAUUCAGUGGCUCUUCCCACUCAGAGAACAAGGCCUAAAUUUUUAUGCUCAAGAACUCACUCAGGAUGAGAUAAAGGAAUUCCAAAGCACUCGAGAAGCCAGGAGACGCUUCCUCCUAGCAUAUACGAUCAUGUUGGAUUUCUUUGGAAUCAAGCUUCUGGAUAAAAGCGGGAAUGUGGCUCGGGCCCCAAAAUGGCAAGAUCGCUUCCAGCACCUGAAUGAGUCGCAGCACAAUUACCUGCGUAUUACUCGCAUUCUGAAGAGUCUUGGUGAACUGGGCUUUGAAAGCUUCAAGCUUCCUCUGGUGCAUCUGCUGUUGGAGGAGGCACUGGUGGAGGGCACUUUACCCAACAUGCGUCACAGCGCACUGGAAUACUUUGUCUACACACUGCGCCAACACAGUCAGAGACGAGCCCUGCUCCGCUUCGCCCAGCGCCACUACCAGCCACCUGAGAACUUCAUCUGGGGUCCACCCAAGAAAAAGCGCAUUCUGGCCUUUGGAUCCGCAGGGAUGAAGUCAGGGAAAAAUGAGGUGGUGGAGAGGAGUGUGGGCAAAGCCAGGUCACCCAGGGAGGGCAGAAAUAACUUAGAGAGAGAGGCAGACGACAUGGACAAUAGGAAGAGUGGAGAGUGGAAAACAUCGAAAGGGUCCAAGCUCCUGCAGGAGGCCAGGGGAAAGGUAGAUCUAGAAGAAUACAUUGAGACCAUUCCUCUGUAAGAACAGAAAGAAUUAUCAGAGUACCUUAAGAUGAUCUUUAAGUUAGGCACAGCAAUAUUAUUCCAUACUAUUGCCUUUUAGAGACUUGCUUUGUGAACAACUUGACUGUUUGCCCUUUUUUUAAUAUGAGGGGUUUUUCUUAACUCUGAAUACUUUUCAAAGUGUUAGCAGGUAAAUUUCUCUACUGUAAUUCUUACUUGCAGCCCUCUGGAGAGUUCUUAGCACAUGUUCAAGUGUGAGUAUACAAUAUAUAAGUGCUACCUGAGCACAUUGUAUGUGUGAAAUAUUGCACUUUUUGACUAUUCAGUCUUCCCCUUUUUGAGAACAUUAUCUUAGUGUACAUGCUUUGAGGUAAGGCUUUAUUUGCUAAUCAUAAGCCUGUCUCUUAGACAGAUGUGUCUUGUUUUCCGUCCAGAGCUCGCUGAUUAUUCGGAUACUCGUAGCUCCUUGUAUCAGACCAUAAUAAUAAUGUGUAGUAAGUGUUAAUAUACUUGCAGGAAUUUUCAGGUAAUUGAUCUUCCAUGUUUCUAUAGGUGCGUGUGAGAUCUUAAUCCAGUUUUCUAGAAUACGUCUUACAAUAUGAAGUGCCUCUUCUUUCGUUUGUUAAAGCAUACGUGACGUGCUUUAUCAUUUCGAUUCGGAAGUCGCACAGUAAGCCGUUUGUGGAGAAAUGCAAUUAUAAAUAAGCAAAACAAACUUGAAUUCAGACUCUUUUGUGUUUUAUGUUAUUUUUUGAUAAUACAUAGCCUUAGCUCUGAUUUUAGAAUGAAAAUGAAAAUAAAUGCAAUAUACUAAAGUAAAUGUGGUGUGAAAGUAACCGCCUCAAGUUCAAUAGGCGGCACAAUACACACUUGUUUACCAAUCGUAACUCGCUAGUUAAAGCACAUCAAAAGAGAGAGAGAGAGAGAAAGGUUUAUAUUAAGGCUAAUCAGUGAAGGAAUCAGCAAAACAUGGAACAACUAAGCCUACAUUCACCUUAGUAAAGCCAUUAAAUGUCCAUAGCUCCUUAGUUAAAAAAAAGUAAACAUGUAGUUAAAUAUAUGCACAAUAUUAUAAAUUAAUAUAAUUUUUUUGGAGGCGAGGGGGCAGUUAUUUAUUUACGUGGACUCCAUUUUCUUAAAAACAUAGGCUAUUUGACAGCAACCGUUUAACAGUUUUGAAAGAUAAUGGUAAUAUCAUUAGAAAGCAGAGACUUUGAUUUUUCAUUUAGUGCAUGUAACUCAAAACGACUCAAAUUGAUGGAGCAAUUCACAUAUGUACAUGUGAGUGUGUGCUGCCUUUCUUUAAUCAUUCUUACAGUGUUUAAGUGUGGACAAUCAGGGCAAUGAUGGUCACUAUCCACAUAGAAUACUAAUCAAUGAGUGUUUUUAUUAUCUAAUAUUAAUAUGGAUCAAGCUUGUAUGUUACGUGUGUUUGUUUAGAGUUUACACAGAGGGCUAGACAAUACUGCCACACCACAGGUGUGUGUGUGUGUGUAUAGGAUGUCAUGGGUUUCUGCCUUUUUUAGUUUCUAACGGCACACAAACAGAAGCAUAAAAACAAA